UUGGCAGCAGUGCCGCGCCGUACGUCGCGUCAAUUGCACGUGUAUGCUGAUUUGCGUCGCACUGCCGCGACUCGACUCGUGCUACCUGUGUGCCUGUGACCUGUGUUAUCUUAAAAAGUACGUAAACAAAUCAACAUAACCGAGUAAGCAGUGUUGAGAACAACCGCAGUGGGAACUGCCAGUAACGAGUGCGUAUCGAGAAACGGUUUGUUUGUAGCGAGCGGUGGUAUUCGGAAUCUGUUGCAUUCUGCAGGUCGCCGUUAGCGGAAACGAUAUGUAGUGGACAGUGAAACGGGAAACAAGUUAAACGUUAAAAUGGUGGACAUCCUCGAUACGGAGAGUCUCGAAGACGACGUUGGAUACGAUUACGACACGACAAAAAUACCCGAGAUCGUCACCCCUGAUGACAUGAACGAGUCCGGCUACCAGGAGGGCUCGGAGUACUCUGACAAGAGUUACGGAGACCGGAGGGACUCCAAAGAGGGGUUCGGGGGCGAGGGGGACUCCGACAGUGGUGUGGACGGAGUCAGCAGCGGUUGUAGCACCGCUGAUGAUUGUCCAGUGGUGUCGAUUAAUGAUGUGGUUGCAUAUUACGAUGAUAUAAGACCCAGGAAGCGGUACGUGCCGCAGCUCAAUUUCUACAAUGUGGACAUCGAGAGAAUGACAAUGGACGCCAUUGCUCAGAGCGAGUCGAGCUACACUUCGUCAGAAGAAGGCUGCGGUGCCGGAGAACGGCAUGCCGUUCUCAGUUAUGAGCAAGUACGACGGCUGAACGACGUCAUGGACGAAGUGGUGGCUAUUCAUGGCCGUGGCAACUUUCCCACUUUGCAUGUGCGGCUGAGAGAGUUGGUGGCAGGCGUGCGAGCACGUCUCGAGGCUUCACAGAGCACCGGCGGCGCUGGUAUCACUGUCCGUGACGUAAGGCUUAACGGAGGCGCCGCCAGCCAUGUCCUCGCCGAUCGUCCGCAGCCAUAUUCCGAUAUCGACCUAAUCUUCACAGCGGAACUACCCACGGCACGCCACUGCGACCGUGUCAAGGCCGCUGUCCUAGGACAUCUUUCAACGCUUCUCCCUCCCGCCACGCCGCGCCGCCGCGCCUCUACCGCCGGUCUUAAAGAAGCUUACGUGUCUAAGAUGGUGCGUGUCAACUCGGACGGCGACCGCUGGUCUCUGAUCUCACUCGGAAACUCUCGUGGCCAUAAGUCCGUCGAGUUGAAAUUCGUAGAUACGAUGCGACGACAGUUCGAGUUCUCUGUGGACUCGUUCCAGAUCGCUUUAGAUUCGCUGCUGGCGUUCCAUGAAUGCGCUCAGCUGCCAAUUGGAGAGAACUUUUACCCAACCGUAGUCGGAGAAUCAGUAUAUGGAGACUUCAAUGAAGCAUUGCUCCACCUUGCCGAAAAGCUAAUUGCUACAAGGCAACCUGAAGAAAUUCGCGGUGGGGGCUUACUGAAAUAUUGUGCACUCCUCGCCAAGGGUUACAGGCCGGCGCGACCGGAUAAAAUCAAGACCCUCGAACGAUAUAUGUGUUCGAGAUUCUUUAUCGACUUCCCAGAACUAGGGCAGCAACGUGCAAAGCUCGAAGCUUAUUUACGGAAUCAUUUCGUCGGGCGAGAAGAGGAGGCCCUCAAGCACAGGUACCUGACGUUGCUGCACGCCGUGGUGCGCGAGUCGACGGUGUGCCUGAUGGGGCACGAGCGGCGGCAGACGCUGGCGCUGAUCGAGGCGCUGGCGUGCCGCGAGCUGUGCGCGCGCGCGCCGCUGCUGGUGGCGGCCGUGGUGCCGCCGGCGGGCUACUUCGUGUGCGUGUGCGCCGCGUGCGCCGCGUGCGCCGCGUGCGCCGCCUGCGGCCCGCAGCCCGCGCCCGCGCCCGCGCCCGCGCCCGCGCCCUGCUGCGACUGCUGCCGCCCGCAGCUGUGCCCCGCGUGACCCCGCUAGGCCGCGUCGCGUCGCGCGACAGGACACACGUGAUUCUUACCCCUCUUUAUCGAUCGACGAUGAAUUUAGUGCCAAAUGUAUAUAAUACGGUUAAAAAAAAUAUAUGUAUAUGUAUGAUUUCACCUUGUCCUAGCGAGUGUGAUUGUAUAUUAUGUCGUGUACCGAUAUUGCGCUUCGUAUUCUUGGCUGAGUUCUUAUUUCAUAAUUGAAAAUAUAAAAAUAUAUAAAAUGUAUGAGCCGAAGCGGAAACCAGACAGGCCGGUAGACUUGCGCCCGUUUCUGUGGCAAUCGUGCAAUCCACCGCAGGUGCAGUCGGAUCGAUCACGAAUUAGGAGACGAUUAACUCUCUGUCAAUUCGAAGUUGCUCACUUUAUACCGAUCAAUUUUCGCACGUCAAUUGUCACGAAAGAGGUCGUUCGAGCCUCACUCGACUUUGAUAUAUCGCCAGCAUUCCCCAAUUAAUCUGCAUCUCCUGAGAAAUAGAGCGAUCCGUAUUGAUGAACUGUAAAUACUAAAUGCACGUCUAUUAUGCCAAUUAGUGUAGGAACGGUAUCGUUAAUUAGACUACGUGUAGCAGGUAGGUAGAGAAGUAAGGAGAGAUCAACGGAACGCAUGCGGCCGACGCUGGAGACGUGAAAUAAUUUCUAGUCGUACUCCUUUCGUGUUGAUUAAUUAAUAUGUUAGCAGUACGCAAAUUAUUUUCCACGUGAUGUCAAAGUCGUUAGAGUUAGUCACUAAGUCCAAGUCGAUGGGUCUGCCUAUAAAAAAAGACUAGUUACUUAUUUUUAAGCUUUAUGUGUAUAAAUUUGUCUCCGUAAAAAGUAGUGGCAUGUCUCUCACAAUAACUGAAGGAACGAGUAAAAGGAUUACUGAUGAUUUUAUUGGCUCGAGCUGCCAGACCUGGAAGAAUGGAAUGGCGUCAACACUGAUAACAUGUCUUUAAUGCUGUAAACAUAUUAUUACAAGAAACAAGUCCGGCCUUGUCCGAUGGCCUUUUGUAAGCGAGAAAUUCCGUUCUAUUUUUUAAUUAAAAACGUGAUUGCAAUCAUUAUAUUGCGAUUUAGAGAAGGAAUUAGGAACUCGAUUCGGCUUAACGCUGUCAUGUCUGCACGCGUCGUGAGCACGCGACCUAUCUUUUUCCUUGCCAUGGGACAUUAUCUAUUAAAGAACUAAUCUAUUUUAUUACGUAUUUAUUAUUCUAGAAGAUUGUAUAUAUACACUAUCUCUUUACCGUGAUCGCUCUAGUAUUGUAUACGGCUUGGCAUGCGAAGUAACAAAUUAAGAUAAAAUAUAAAUAGAAAAAAAAAAUAUAUAAUAAAAAAAAAAACCAAAAAAAUAUAUAAUACUAAGGUGUGUACAAUAUUAAAGUUCACUCUUUUGUAAUAUUAAAAAAAAAACCAAUAAAUAAAUAUUUUAAGAACAUUUACAAUGUAGGAAGUCAUUUUAGUAACAGAGUACUUACGAACAUGUUUUAUUAACUUCUCAUUCAAUUACAUUUUAUAUUAAAACAGUAGAUGGUACGGAAAAUGUGAUUUAAUUGUUGUAGAAUUAACCUGUUGUCGAUGAAUAUAUACCUACUUACAUUUAUUAUGUAGAUUAAAUACAAUAGAACGUUUUACUAUUAUUGUUGUACUUUAACGAUGAUAAACAUAGAUUUAUGAACGAUGCGUGAACUGUGUCCGGCCAAAAUGUACAUGUCUUUAUAUUUUGCAAGUGCAUAUAGACACUAAAUAUAUAUAUGUAUACAAACAUAAUUGCAUGGAGUUCUUAAUGGAGCUUUUAAUAAGAAAUUUGUAAUCUUUUAGUAGAACAAGUCACAUCCGAAAUAAUCGACAAGUAAGGACAAGCUGUUUGUAGAUUAAUUAUAAUACUUCGGUACAAUAUAACGAUUUUAUGAACGAAUUUCCAGACUUGCUCACUGUCGAACCAAAAUUUAAGAUCUCAUUUUUUCUAUUAACUCCUCGAAAAUUAUGUGAACUUAAGAACGUCUGGUGGCGAACUUUGUUUUUUUUUUUUUAACUCGUUUCAUUAUAUAAAUAGUCUUUACAUAAUGUCACAUAAGUGACGUCGAGAUGAUAAGAGUAUGAUACAAGUUAAGACCUGCUGCGAUUCAUCCAUGAUAAUUUUAUAUCAACGCUUUGUAAUACAAUUUUGCAAAUGGUAUUUGUAACAACAAGUAUCGUUUCAUUUUUGAAAAUUUACAGCCGACAUCAAAUGAAUAUAUCAAAGACAAGAAUCUAUGUGAAACUUCGUCGUCGUCAUGGAUGAAACGUAAUGCAGAAUAGUCGAACAGUUUAGACCUAAAUUAGACUUAGUUCGCAGUCGUCUGUACUUAGUAAUAAAACAAGUACAUAAUAUAGCUAACGGAAUCUAAACUAUAUUCCAUUUGUAAUAAGAGUGAAUGUAAGUUAAUUAUCACUAGUGUUACUCUCGCUAUAUCGAGACAGGCGUCUAAGUUGUGAUUUGUAGUCUUUUCGACAUAUAUUUUAAUGUCACCUUAUUGUCAUAAUUAUUGUAACUGUGAUUGUUAUAUACUUAUAUAUAUACAUAUAUAAUGUAGAUCAGCUAUUGGCAAAAACUGUUCAGAACUACCUCCUGGCGUGAAUUGGGUAUUUCUUAUGUUGUGAUUUUCUAUUAUGAAAACUGGCUCGUAUUAAUAACACCACUUAUCAAAAAUGAGUCAAUAAGAAUCUAUAGCAUUUUUAAUGUAAAUCAGAAACGUACAACAAAUCUAUUUUAAAUAAAAUAUAAUAAUUUUUGGUCUAUUUCUAUUAUUUUACUUUGGGUAUGGGCCAAUUUUAUAGUUUUUCAGUAUACAAGCAAAAAAUUAUUAUUAACUACAUUUUCUCUUGCCAAUUAAGUAAAUGAGAUAGUUGAACCCAAAAGCUUUUAAAGCUCUUCCGUUUUAACAAUAUGACAAAUUGCUUCCAAUGACGGUCUAAAUAUUUGCAAAACAGAAAAUGAAAAUGUUUUCAUCAACAACAAGAGAGACAUUGCAAUAUAGUGUAAGAGUUUAUUUUUCUAAAGUUACCAUCAGUUUUCAGCUAGCCUUAUUUUUAAUAUUUUUGUAUAAUCUAUAAAUGAGCACUGAUCGAUGGCGCUUGCGUUCUGUAUUUAAUGAAGACAGUAUAUAUUUGUUAUAUAUUGUUAGAGUGGCAGAACAAGCAUAUGAUGUAUAUAUGUAUAAUUUUUAUAGCCAUAUAAAAUAUAACAACGACACUACAUCUAUAUAACUUGUAAAAAAAAGUACAAUCUUAAUACUUACAAGAACCCAUUUAAAUUUUAAUAAACUCUUAAUUGUUUUACUUUAUAUUAAUUCUUGUUAUUAGGUAUUCUAGUAUAGUGACAUGUAAAUUAAAUAUCCAAUUGUUCAAACAAUAAAUCUUAUAAUUGAUAUUUUAAAAUAACACAUUAUAAAAUAAUAAAAUGUAUUUUCUGACAUACAGACGUACAUGCCUCUCAUGUUACUACACCACGAUAAGAUAAAACAAGACGUUUUAGUUUACAUGUUUCAACAUGUAAUAUACAAGAACAAUAAAAAUUACACUAGAUAACGGCAUUUCGUACAGAUUAAUAUCUAUUAAAUAUUUACAUUGUAAUGUAGAAAUAGAUACUAAAUUGGAUUGUUAUUUCAAUUUAAACUCAAGAAAAUAAUGACAAACGGAUGCCGCUUAUAAAAUUUUACACAUAAACUAAUAUUAAUUGAAAUGUAUGCAAUAUGCAAAAAAUAUUUUAUUUAUAUUGAUGAUAUAAUAAUACGAGAGUGCAAUGUGCAUAAUAAUUCAAAGAAAUAUGAAACUACUGCACUUUUAAAUGAAAAGACAAUUUAUAAAAAUUACGAACGUAAAUAUUAAAAAAAAAAUAUUUAAUUAAUCAUAUAUACAUAUAUAUAUAUUGUAAAAUGUCGUUGUAAACAUUAAUAAAAAUAAAAUAAAAAAUACUAUUGGAAUCGUAAAAUCGAUAAGUAAACCACUGAGAGACAGUCGAUUGCAACAACCGAUUGUUUUACAAGCUAGUCUAUAGUCUUAUUUGGUUUACUCUAUUGAACCGGUAAAUAAUGGAAAUCAAAAUAGUAUUUUAUACGAUUAAAUAAGAUUUCUAUGAGAUUAUGUAUUGUACGCAAGCGCCAAAAUUAAAGCGUUGUCUUAGAAGAUUUAAGGCAUGGGCACGCAACAGUUGACUGACGUACCUACUCAUAUCUACUUGAACGAAUGCGUGACAUGAAACGGAACUUUUAAAAGUUUUGGUAUUAAAAGUACCUACAAACAUUUUGAAACAUUAUUUUCUUUUAAUUAUUAUUACAAAGGUGUUAUAAUUCUAUGUAUCCAUUUAAUCUGAAGUAUUACGUGUCAGUCGCCUGUUGUUUGGUCAGUCCUUCAUGCGAAGCGACGCGCGCCGGCUACCGCUCAUAUGUUACAAGCGAGCAGUCGACGCCAGCCAACCGAUUCUCUAGUUUAAGGGUUGCUAGUUCAUAAAGCCUUACGUUAUAUAAGCUUAUUGUUAGGUUUUAUCAAAUAUAUUUACAUGUAGUUAUUAUUUUCUCUUCCAAGUUGCCUGUUUCGUAGAACACGAAGCGCUGAGACGCUGUUGUUGCGUUACAUAAUGAUUACUAUAUAUUUGUGAGGAGUUUUAAGCUAUAUUGUAAAUUUUACAGAAAAUUAAAUAAAAAUGUUGUGAAAAUAAAUUAUAAAAAAGUGAUAAACAAUUA